CAGGAUUUAAUGGCUACUGGGAGAGAAGGUUCUUAUUUUUUUAAAACGCAGAGUGAUGUGACUUUCAGUUUGUGAUCGCAGAGCUGUGCUCCACUGCAUGACAGCAAAGACCUAUGAUGCCACCAUGGAAACUGGGAGCCCCAGGAAGAUACAGUUUACCGUCCCUCUACUGGACACCCACCUGGACCCAGAGGCAGCUGAACAGAUCAGAAGACGUAGACCGACACCUGCCACUUUGGUGGCAUCCAGCGAUCAGUCAUCACCUGAAAUAGAUGAAGAUCGUCUCCCAAACCAGUUGUACAAGGCAGCCUUGCUGAACUCACCUCGACAACGGCGAAAAGGUCAAAAGGGAACGCCUACAAUGAAAGAGCUGCAGUUCAUGGUAGAGCACCACCUAUACAGGCAGCAGCAGGGAGCUGGGGAUGAGUGCUCCUCAGAGAGUUGCCUGUCGGACCGGCCCAGCCCUGACUCUGUUCCCACUGGGGAGGAGCUCCCACAUGAUGAUGAGGCCACUGCAGAGGCUUUUGAGAAACUGCGCUGCCAAAUGGAGGAGUUCUCGAGGGAGAGUCUAUUAGAGGCUGCAGGCGGACCUGAGUGCUCCCUCUCCAAGGAGAAAGAGGCUUGUUCCAGCGUUGCCAAUGCAGCAGAUCCCUCAGGGAAACAAAACAAAGCGCAAGCAGACACAAAAGCAGCAGCAUCCAGUGCGAGUCAGCCGGCAGAGGAGAAAACAAAGACACCCAGCCUGGAGAAAGAGAAAUAGAGUGGUCUUCUGUACAACACAAUGCUGCUCAGUCUGCUUAGCCAGUCCAACACAAUGACAGAAGAUUGUGUCUGCAGAUCCACUUUUUAGAUACAUCAGGGCGUCUAUAUUCCUCUACAGUCAGGCCUUAUAGUUACCACCUCGAGAACAUGAACAAAGGUUUCUAAACUUAUUUUGUGUCAAAAAAAAAUCAUAAAUAAAGGGACC